AUGUGUCCAUGUCCAGUCCUUUGUGGUUUUGCAACAUGUGGCCACCUGCGUCCUAGUUCGCCACUUGGGCCAAAAACGUCACCUUUUCUCCGUUUCGCCUUACCGGGAAGCAGUGAUGGCGCCGGUGCAUGCCAUGACCACUUCUUGACCGGAUUGUUAACAAGGGCUCUUGUUGUUAUUGUCCCUCAAUUGGACAGGCUUCAGCAGCGGCGGCAUGAGGCGCUGACCGGGCGGCGGCGUGGUGGCGGAGGGAUGUCGUCGCGGCGGGACGGGCGGUUCCGGCUCGCCGGCGGCAGCGAGGAGGAAUGCCCGGCGGCCGCGGCGGUGGUGGACCAGGCGGCCUGCACGGCGCAGUCGUGCCGGUCGUGCGUGGCGGUGUCGCUGGCGGACUGCAUCGCGCUCGGGUGCUGCCCCUGCGCGGUGGUGAGCCUGCUGGGUCUGGCGUUCGUCAAGCUCCCCCUGGCGGUGGCCCGCCGCUGCGUGCGCCGACUGCGGCGGCGGCAGGGGAGGCUGCGGCAGAAGAAGCGGGUGCGUGACCUGGACCCCGCUCCGGGCGCCACCAAGCGCGCCGCGGCAGCGGCGGCGGCGGCGGCGGGUGGAGUUCACCAGGAACAGCUCCCUGGCGCGGCGGCCACGUCGAAAGGCGAGCUCGACGCCGACGUGGUGGCCGCCGCCGCUGCGUCCCCCGGCAGCGACGUGUCGGAGAGCGACGCCGACGCUGAGAAGGUGUGGCUGGAGCUGUACCAGGUGGGGCGCUGGGGCUUCGGCCGCCUGUCGGUCUCGUCGGCGAACCCGCCCGUCAGGCUGGCCUACGUGGCCACCGGCCACAGCGCCGACGUUGACGGCUCGUGACCGUCCAGAGUCGACACCAUUGCCGGGGCCGUACCGUCCAUUCGACGCAUUUGCUCGAUCUUCCCGUGCGAUUUGUCGCCGCUCGGCGGCAACACAAGUACAACCUGUGGUCUGUAUGCCAUGUCACGGUGCCAUGGUCCAAGCCUCCAAGGAGGAAAUUGGUCGGCGACGUUUGGGAGAACGGCACGUUCAAGAAGAAACACUCAUGUGCCGUUCUCUCCUUCGGCUUCAACUACAACAGUUUCAUCGCAAAACUGGCGUUCGUCAGACUGUUUCUCUCUUCUCGAUCCUUCUUCUUCAUUUCUUUUUUUUGAAGGAAUCCUUAUUCCAUUUUGGUAUUCAGGGAGCUCGAAGUGUACUCACAAGUGUACAUACUUUGUGCCGUCGAGUUCCUGCAAAGCGUAAUGUCGUAUUCGGUGAUCGCUCUGUACAUACCAUUUCUUAGAUAAAUUUAUCUGCGUGAUGGCAUUGUGCUCCAACUAAUGGAUGUCAGUUCUGUAUGUUGUUUUGCUCUGCGUGUCAGCGCCUGCACUGCUCGGCACCGACGCGUCCUGCGUCCUGCGGCUCCUGUCUGCGCCUGCACUGCGCAUUGCAGGUAUUUGCAGAUGUCAAAUACUAGUAGAAGUACCGCAUCCAUCGAAUAUGAAUGUACUUCCU